AAUUACCAACUUCUUCUUUCAUCUUUUAGCGGUUUUAUACAUAUAUAAUAUAUACUCAUACACCUAAUCAAUCAAACAAAUUUCAAAACAUGCAAAUGGCUAGCAACAUAAGGGAAAAACAUGUUGCAGUAUUUGCAUUCCCUUUUGCCUCACACCCUGCUCUCAUGCUAACCCUGGUCCGUAGACUAGCGUCCGCAGCCCCUGCAGUUGCAUUCUCCUUUCUCAACACUGAAACUUCUAACCGGGCUUUGUUCGCUGAGCCUGGUUGCGACAACAUUAAGCCGUAUAAUAUAUCUGAUGGAAAGCCAGAGGGUUAUGUUCCUGUGGGAAACCCGGAAGAGGGUAUUAACUUGUUUCUCGCAGUGGCGGAGGAUGAGUUUCGGAGGGGUGUUCGAGUGGCGGAGAUGGAUACUGGGCUGAAGAUUACUUGUAUCGUGGUGGAUGCUUUUCUUGGGUUUUCCGGUGAUAUUGCGGAGGAGAUGAACGUUCCUUGGGUCGGGUUUUGGCCUUCCGGAACUUGUUCUUUGGCUGCACAUUUUUAUACUGAUCUCAUUAGGGAAAAAACUGCUCAACUUAUAGUUUCUACUGGACCCGAUGGAGAAAUUGUCGAUUUAAUCCCAGGACUAGAAUCGGUUCGCCUAGGUGACUUACCAAGUGGAGUCGUGUCAGGAAACCUCGAAUCACCAUUUGCAACCAUGCUACAUAAAAUGGGAAGAACGCUAGCCAAAGCGACUGCUGUUCCCAUAAAUUCUUUCCAAGAACUAGACCCUGAUCUAACCAAAAACCUGUCUUCAAAGUUGAACAACUUUCUCAACAUCGGUCCCUUUAAUCUCAUAUCGAAGGAAAAUACAGCAUCAAAAGUUGAUGAAUUUUCUUGCAUGAAAUGGCUAGAUAAUCAAAAGACAAGAGCAGUUGCCUACAUUUGCUUCGGGACAUUUUUCAACCUUCCGCCACAAGAACUUGUCGAGUUAGCUGAAACACUCGAAGAGACCAAAACCCCGUUUCUUUGGUCAAUGAACAAAGAUUCCUAUAAGCAUUUCCCUAAAGGUUUCUUGGAGAGAACAAUCGCUAACGGGACUGGGAAAGUUGUACCAUGGGCUCCACAGGAUCAAGUCUUGAAUCAUGUUGCAAUAGGGGUGCUUGUUACACAUGGUGGAUAUAACUCUAUGUUGGAGAGUAUAGGAGCUGGUGUCCCCAUGAUAUGUAGGCCAUAUUUGGGGGAUCAUUACAUAAAUUCUUGGAUGGUUGAGAGAGUUUGGGGGAUCGGGUUGCGAAUUCAAGGCGGGAAUUUUACAAAACAUGCGACGCGUCGCGCUUUGGAACAAGUUCUCUCGUUGUCCAAAAGCAUGGAUGAGAAGAUUAAAACAUUGAAAGAUCUUGCUCACAAGGCUGCUGCACCAAAUGGGAGUUCUAAUCAAAAUUUCAAGACUUUGGUAGAGGUAGUUUGUGGUGCUGGCUUACACCUUGAGCCUAACUUUUAAACUUCACUCAAUUACUCUUAUCAAUAUUUGCUAGUUGUUCUCUUAAUAUUGUAUUGGUUUGAACAACAAUAUUGUAAAAUGGCGGCAAUGAUAUUGAGAAACUUGAUUCUCAAUAUUGAAUCACUAAAUAUAGCCUUAUAGAUAAUGAAAAGGAAUUGAACCCCAUAAUUUAAAGUAAA